AUGUUCAAAGGCAAGCAGCGCGUGUCACGCUUGGAUUGCAGCACUGAGGAGGAUUGGCCGGUUGAGAUCCGGGUGGAGGAUGUGAACCUGCAGGAAGGGACACUAUGCGGUAGCAGUACCUGGCACCUGCCAAACGGCAAGUCGCCUGUGGUCACGUCGUGGGAGGGCGAGAUAAUCGACAACGUCAACCACAGCUUUGUGACGCAGAAGUGGGGGGCCACGCAGCAGAGCGACUUGAAACAGUGGAGCAAAUUCCCUCACUUUGUGCCCCUGCGCCUCAAUGUUCUGCAGAGGAGAGGCAGGUGUGGGUAUUUGCGGGACUACUCCCACAUAUACAUGCGGUGGAAGGAGCAGUGCUUCCUCAACGCUGGCGAGGACUGCGGCCUGACAAUCGCCGGUUUCUACUACGUCUGCAUGUGCCGCAAGACUGGCGAGGUGCAGGGGAUAUAUGUGGACCCACACUCGACCCCCAACCACCACUUGUCCCUGCGGCCCUGCACCCAGGGAGGAGCUGGCUCUCAGACCUUUUCUGCUUUCCAAUUUCGAUGA